AUGGCGAUGUCAACCGGCGACCGUGUCGUCAAGAGCAAUCUCGUCACCGGUCUCCUCCGGUUGAGCGGGACCACGCCGACGAUGACGGCAGCACCAGCGGUGGCGCCGCCCGCGUGCCUGCUCGGAAACGGCACCAAGACCGUGGUGCUCGAAGUCGACGCGCUGCUCCUCAAGUCUUCACCGCCGUCGGCCGCGACGCUGUUCCCGCCUUUCUUCCUCGUCGCCGUCGAGGCCGGCAGCUUCGCCCGGGGCCUCCUCCUGCUCGCGCUCUACCCGUUCCUGCACCUCAUGACGCACGCGAUGUGUGUAGAGGCCAUGGUCAUGGUCAGCUUCUGCGGGCUGCGGCGCGACGAGGCGGCGAGGAUCGGCAGGGCCGUGCUGCCCAAGUACUUCUCUAAGGAGGCGACGCGCGUGGAGGCGCUGGGGGAGGCGAGGGAGGCGGCGACGGGUGAGGUGAAGGCGGCGGCGGUGAGCAGGUCGUUCCCGACGGUGAUGGUUGAGGCGUUCUUGAAGGAUUACGCGGGUUUCGACGCGGUGAUCGGCAGGGAGGUCAAGGGGGGCUACGGAUACUUCGCCGGUGUAAUGGACGACGGGGAGACGUACGCGGAGAGGCUUAGGGCUGCUCUCAAGAGAGCGGAAGAGAACACUACGUACCAUUACCCGAAGCCCAUGAUCUUCCACGACGGGCGGCUGGCGUUCACGCCGACACCGGCGGCCGCGCUCGCCAUGUACGUCUACCUCCCCUUCGCCGUCGUGCUCUCCGUCGUCCGCAUCGCCAUCUACACCCUCCUCCCGCGGCGCCUGAUAGGCCCAACCGCCGAGCUCGCCGGCGUGCGGGUGCGCGUCACCGGCGCCCCUCCCGCCACCGCGAACGGCGAGAGUGGCGCCUCGGGCGGCCGGCUCUACGCGUGCAACCACCGCACGCUCCUCGACCCGAUCGCCAUCUCGAGCGCGCUCGGAAAGCCCGUGUUCGCCGUGACGUACAGCCUGAGCCCCCUGUCGGAGCUGCUCUCGCCGAUCCCGCUGCUGCGCCUCACCCGCGGCCGCGACGAGGACCGGCGCCGCAUGUCGUCGCUGCUGGAGCGGGGCGACGUGGUGGUGUGCCCCGAGGGGACGACGUGCCGCGAGCCGUACCUGCUCAGGUUCAGCCCGCUGUUCGCCGAGCUCGCCGACGAGGUGAGCCCCGUGGCGGUGGACGAGCGCUCCACCAUGUUCUACGGCACGUCGACGUCGCCGGGCGCCAAGUGCUUCGACUCGGUCUUUUUCCUGAUGAACCCACGGCCGGAGUACUCCGUCCACUUCCUGGAGCCCGUGCGCACGGACAACCCGCGUGGCAGCAUCGAGGUCGCGAACCAGGUGCAGGGCGUGCUGGCCGGCGCUCUCGGGUUCACGCCGACGGCGCUGACGAGAAAGGACAAGUACUUGCUGCUCGCUGGUAAUGAGGGGGUCGUGUCGACCAAGACAAGCAAAGUCAUCUAGGAUUGUAGGGAUUGUAGGGGGUCGUGUCAUUGAUUUUAGACCCCGAUAACUGCCACACACGUGUGGUAUAUUCGA